GCGUAAGUUUUUUACGCAACCUCUAAAAUAGCUAAAAUAUGUUAAGUACAACAUAUAGUAUGUAUAAUGUGAGUGUGUAGAUUUUAGAUAAGUGAAUAACUACAUGAAAUUCAUAAUUAAAAUGUAAUAACUAAAACAUAAACUUAUUUGUGUUGACUCAAAAGUAGAGAAAACUCAUAACAUCUUAAUAAUAAGCUCAUAAACGUAGAUCGUAACCCGUAAACGAGUUUGAGAAUCCAAAUUCUCAUAAGCUGGUUUGAGUUUGCUUAAUUACAUACGAUCAAUUACCCAUAAACUUUUAUCGUAUCCCAGGUAAGAGCCACAGGUGAAGAUUAAGGGAAAAGACUAAUAGAAGGUCAGCGACUGUUGAGAAUACCAUUAGGUGUCUUUUCAACCUAAUGUGAAGCCCCUAUCUCGACACUAUUUGUAGAACGAGUGAUGAAUCAUGUUUUCCUUUUUUUUUGUUAUGUUUUGCUUAUAUGUCUCCAAAAUUACAUCAUAUUGGGCCAAUUAGCACAUUUUAUGAGAUGAUCAAAAUCGUAUAAAAACGUUUCAGAAUCGCGAUUUUAAGCGAUUUUACCCAUAUUUUUACCAAUUUUUGUGACUAAGCGACUUUAGUUAGAAACUGAAACAUUUUGGUGGCCUGGAUACGUAAAAACGUAAGUAUUUACGUUUUAAUACGUGAUUUUGACUGCACUGGUGACAACUACUUAAUAAGUAGUUAUUAUGUUUGGUUUUGGUUAACUCCCGUUAUACCAUUAUACCAACUACUCAAACCGAGCAUUUUUACCCGGUUCACUCCCGUUCAAAUUGAUUAGUGACCGAAACCGAACAUAUUACCACCCAUACCAACUACUCAAACCGAGCCCUUCUACUCGCCCAAAUUAGGUCUCGCGCGCCGUUGCUUUGCGCUGAAAUUUCUUGCUUCACUUCACUCAAAUGCUCGAAAUGGGCCGCUCUCUGCUGUUUGGAGUUCUUCGUCGCUCAAAUUCCUUACCUUCCAAUUACGUUGCUUUCGCUUCACUCGGUAUCGCCCAUUCUCGCAAUUUCACCAGCAAUGGAGCUUCCCAGGACCCAUCCACAAUUCCCACAUCAAUCAGUGGAGCUCUGGACCGAUUCCAUCACGGGAGGAAAAACCUCACCCCGCAACUUCCACCCGACGAAACGAUCAUAAGAAACACUGACAAAGUCUGCAAAUUGCUGUCCAAAGAGUCCAACAACCCCAACAACUUGGAGAGGUUGCUCGACGAGGCAUCAAUACAGGAGCUCUCGCCGGCUCUGGCGCUGGAGGUAUUGAAGCGGCUGAGCAACGCAGGCGUUCUCGCGCUAUCGUUCUUCAGGUGGGCGGAGAAGCAUAAAGAGUUUCAUCACAGCACGGAGAGCUACAAUGUGCUGAUCGAGUCUCUGGGUAAGAUCAAGCAGUUCAAGCUGGUUUGGACUCUGGUCGAUGAUAUGAAGCGCCGUGGGUUGUUGAGUAAAGAGACGUUUGCCCUGAUUUCGAGGAGGUACGCGCGAGCCAAGAGGGUGAAAGAAGCAAUCGAUGCAUUUGAGAAGAUGGGCAAGUACGGGUUCAAGAUGGAAUCCUCCGACUUCAAUCGGUUGCUCGACACGCUGUGCAAGUCGAGGCAGGUGGAGAGUGCACACGAGGUGUUCGACAAAAUGAAGAAGAGAAGGUUCCAACCUGAUAUCAAGUCGUACACGAUAUUGCUGGAAGGCUGGUGUCAGGAGAUGAAUUUGCUGAGGUUGAACGAAGUCUACAUGGAGAUGAAAGACGAAGGGCUUGAUCCAGAUGUUGUUACCUACAGCAUUCUUCUGAAUGCAUAUUGCAAAGUCGGCAAAUAUAGCGAGGCGAUCAAUUUGUUCCACGAGAUGGAAUCGAAGAACUGCAACCCGAAUCCUCACAUCUUCUGCACAUUGAUCAAUGGGCUGGGGUCAGUGAAGAGACUGAAGGAAGCGAUAGAGUUCUUCGAGAGGUCGAAAGCUUGUGGGUUUGCUCCAGAGGCACCUACCUACAACGCUGUCAUCGGGGCAUACUGCUGGUCGUUGAAGAUCGAUGAUGCUUUCAGGACAGUUGAUGAGAUGAGGAGGAGUGGGGUUGGUCCGAAUUCGAGAACUUACGAUAUAAUUCUUCACCAUUUGGUGAAGAAUCGAAGAACAGAAGUGGCAUACUCUGUGUUCCAAAGAAUGCGAAAUGAGGCUGGAUGCGAGCCAACGUUGAGUACCUACGAGAUUAUGUUGCGGAUGUUCUGUAAUGAGGAUAAGCUAGAUAUGGCAGUGGAGAUUUGGAACCAGAUGAAGGGCAGAGGUGUUCUUCCUGGCAUGCAUAUGUUCUCUAAAUUGAUAACUACCUUGUGCAAGAACGGGAAGGUAGAUGAUGCUUGUAAGUACUUUCAGGAAAUGCUGGAUGUUGGUAUUCGGCCUCCAGCAGCAUUGUUCAGCAAUCUCAAGGAGACUCUGGUGGAGAAUGGCCAUAAGGUCACUGCUUCCAAUCUAGCAGAAAAGAUGCGUAAGCUCAGGAAAACGCCAUUGGAUGCCUCACUGCUCACACCAACAACGGACUGAGAUACGAUUUUAGCUUCUGAGUUCCAGGUGAAUGAGAAUUGGAAGUGUCCAAUCUAAACCAUGAACUCCUUCCACUGAGUUCCUAAUAUCUUUCAGAAAGGACAUGGAGUCAUCAACUGUUGAUCAAUUUAUACAUACAGAAGGUCUUGAAACGAAUCUCCAAAAUGUUGGUACAACGAUAUGGUUUAAGUUUCAAGCAGAGUGGCUUGUGUUAUGCAGAUUUUUUCUUUAUGUUCUUGAUUCAGGAUUGAAGUUCGUGGAUGCAUCUGCGUUUCCAGAAUUAGGUACCUUUCAGUUUUGGAGGCUGGUUUUUGGAGUCAUUUUCCUGCUACUGAGGCCCAUGGUUAACUCUGCAACACCCAUUAUGUAAUGUAUUGUUCUUCUCUGCCGAAGUUCGAAAGGAAUUCUCAUAUCAAUAGUCAAAAUCUGUUGGUACAAACUGUCUCUCGCAACCAGAACAAAAAUAUAGUGUUCCCGGCUUCCCGCCCAAAGUUACUUAUUGGCCUACUGAAUUUCUUUGGUUAUCUGUCAACCGGGGAGAAUCAUUUUGGGUGGCCUGAAUCUUGAGACACAAAAUGAAAGGAAGAACCAUUUGGACCUUGGUUCCAGUUUAGACUUGAGACAGAUGGUAAUAAUGCAGUCAGUUGGGAAGCAAAGUCGUUGCACAAGUUUUCUAUCAAAAUUGUAUGGAAGUCAAUAAGGCCUAGAAGACAGAGAGUUGAUUGGCACAAGUGCUAUGGUGAAGAUAUGGUUCCAAAGCAGUGGCUUCUGAUGGCUUGUGAUCAUGAAUCGAAUUAAGACGAGAGAAAAGUUAAAAGGCUCGGGGCUAAUUGAUUCGGAUGAUUGUCUGUUGUGCAGCAAGGGACCUGAAACAAGGGACAGACAGUUUGUUUUCUUAAGGUCAGUUCUCCUGAGAAGUUUUAACUUCCUUGUUUCCGAGGGAAUUAUGGCCUGAUGAUUGGAAUGGAAUGCUGGAGGUAGUUUGUAGCCUUGCUAGGCCAAGAACAAUGGAUAGCAGCUUAGUAGGAGGGUUAUGGUGCUUGUAUGUUUCUGUACUCUAGUGUGAACGGUGCAGCAGAGUUUACCGGUCUACUCUCAGAAGUACAGCGGAGGAUUGUUGGCUCGAGCUUUUCGAGUAAUGUGUACGAGAGUUGAGACUUGUUUACUGUUUAGUACUGUGUAGAGGGUAUUGCAGCAUUAAGACUUGUGAAAGUGGAGCUUUGUUUAGGAAAGCUGGGUAAGAAGGUAGCUAAAGAGACCACUCAAGCAAAGAAAUGAAAAUUCUGGAAACCAACCCAAUUCUGGAACUAGCAUAUGUAAGAUGAAGAACCCUUGUCAGCAUUGAAUAUUCUCAGGACUUGGAUUAACAAUGGUAAUCAGGUUAAAGUGUGUAGUUGUUGGUAACACCAUACGUAAUCAUAACUUGUUCUGGUGGAGUAUUAAAAUAAUGGGGUUAACUAAUUGAAAGGGAGAAUAUGACAGACAGUAGAAGAAGUAUUAUAUUCAUUUGGCUGCUGCUGGGUAAUAAUAGGCAUCCUGAAAACGAGGAACAAAUGAUGAUGAGAUACCGUCGGCAAAUGGUUUACCGUUUACCGCCGGUUACCGAUUCGGUAAAACGAUAAACCGUUUACCGGAUUACCGUUUAUCACCCCUAUCUACGCCUAUGUCCUUAGCCUGGUUGGUGCGGCAGAAAGUGAUGCUGAAAUUCAGCGUUUUCUUGCGGGAAAAGGCAAAAAUUAAAGUCAGACAGACGGAGAGGUUACCCUUAACCCCGUCUCACAAGCUAACACUCCCACCGCGCAUUGCGCAUUUAUUUCUUCAUCACUGCUACUUCAACAACAACAACAAGAAGAAGAAGAUUUAUGAAUGCAACGUUACGCAAUUAAUAUUCUUCCGAAAAUAAAAGAAGCCAAUGCAAUUAAUUUUAUUUUUCCUUACUCGAAGAAAAGGAUGUGGUCGAGAUAAUACAGAAAUUAAAGAGGG